UAAACGUAUUGGCCCAAUUGUCUUGUAUGGAGCCGGCAUCUCUCAAUUGCCCCCCCUUACUGAUUCUCUUAUACUCCCCCUAAAACUGUCAAGCCAUGUCUAUAUAACUAUCGUUUAAAGCUUUGGUUCCCAAAAGCCCCAGGUUUGAAAAAAAAAGCCUAGUGGGGUGCCUAAUUCUAUAUCUAAAAUCAGAAGAAUAUGGCUUCUGUUGGGCGUUGUAGACUAUUAGAUUCUGUGCUUCCACAGAAACAGGGCAAAAUUGGGCCUUGUGCGACACAAGUAGUUGUAAAACACACUUCUUCUCUUGCAUUCACAAGAUGGGCAAGAUAUUGUUGCGGAAGGAAUGGAAUUCGUCUUACAAUUGCAAAAACAGCAGCUCGAGAAUCAAUUGACCUUGCACAAAAUGCAUAUGAAAUCGAUCUGCUCCCAUUUGCUGAACAGAUUGAGAUUCAGGAGAAGCGAAACUUUGAGAUGGGUAAGGAGGCUAAUGAAAUGAAAAGGUGUAUAGAGAUGAUCAAAAGCAUGUUUCGAUCAAUAGAAGAUGGUGAAAUUUCUGUUUCCCCAUAUGACACUGCAUGGUUAGCACGUGUUCCAGCUUUAGAUGGGUCUGGAGAGCCCCAAUUUCCUUCUUGUUUGCAGUGGGUUAUUGAUAAUCAGCUUACAGACGGCUCAUGGGGAGAUUCCAAUCAUUUCCAUGUUCGUGACAGAAUUCUCAACACUCUCGGCUGCGUCAUUGCGCUUAAAACUUGGAACGUAGCUACUGGCAGCGUUAACAAAGGAUUACGUUUUCUUGAGGCUAGUAUUAAAAAAAUAAAUACCCAAGAUGACGUUUACAGUCCAAUUGGCUUCGAGAUUGUGUUUCCUGCUUUGAUGGAAGACGCUAAAGUCAUGAACUUAGACCUUCCUUACGAUAGUGAUCUCCUACAUAAAAUCUACAAUGAAAAGGCCUUGAAAUUGAAAAGAAUAACAGUAGACGUUCUGCAUAAAUAUCCGUCGACACUGCUUCAUUCUCUUGAAGGGUUGCGUGAUAUGCUAGAUUGGAGUAAGCUUCUAAAGUUGCAAUCCAAGGAUGGAUCAUUUCUAUUCUCGCCAGCUUCUACGGCUUGCGCUCUUAUACAAACCAGUGAUAUUAACUGUGCUCGGUACCUUAACAAAAUAAUAGAGAAACACAAUGGAGGAGUGCCCAAUGUGUAUCCCGUGGAUUUAUUCGAGCAUUUAUGGAUGGUCGAUCGUCUCCAACGCCUUGGGAUUACUCGAUAUUUUCAGGAGGAGAUCAUAGACAAUCUUGAAUACGUAUAUAGAUACUGGACAGAUCAAGGUAUUGGGUGGGCAAGGGAGUCUUCAGUUCAGGAUGUAGACGAUACAUCCAUGGCUUUUAGACUUCUUCGAUUACAUGGAUUCGACGUAUCUAGUGAGGCGUUUUCUCACUUUAAGCAGGAUGAUCAGUUCAUUUGCUUUAAAGGGCAAGCCAGCCAAGCUGUUACAGGAAUGUAUAACUUAUACAGGGCCUCUCAAGUUGGGUUUCCUGGCGAAUCUAUACUGGAAGAGGCCCAAAUGUUUACUAAGAAUUUUCUGGAGGACAAGAGAGCGAAGAACGAGAUCAAUGACAAGUGGAUUAUUUCAAAGGGUUUAGUCGGAGAGGUCGAGUACGCUCUUGAUUUCCCGUGGUAUGCCAGUCAACCCCGAAUUGAGACGAGAAUGUACAUUAAACAGUACGGGACGGAUGAUAUUUGGAUUGGAAAGUCGCUUUACAGAAUGCCGUUUGUGAACAACAAGACGUACAUCGAUUUGGCUAAGGCAGACUUCAAUUUGUGCCAAUCUAUCCACAGGAAAGAACUAGACGCAAUUACUAGAUGGUCAAGAGAAUACCGAUUGGAAGAGCUGGGUUUAGUACAGGAUUCAAUCGUACGACUAUAUUUCUUACCUGCUGUAGCUCUAUUUGAACCUGAUAUGGCCGCUUCUAGGCUUGCAUGGGCAUACUCUUCCAUACUUAUGACUGCAGUGCGGAACCUUUUCUCCCAGUGGCAUUCAUCCCCACAUAUUAUACGCCACUUCAUUGAUGCAUUUGCGAGGGGGAAUCUUACAGCCACGCAAGAAGAUAUUCCACAGUCCACAACACGUCUUUUGACGUGUAUGUUUCGGAUGAUCAAAAUGCUCUGUGUGGAUGGCGGCAUUGCGCAGGGGCGGGACAUCAGCGACGUACUAAGAAAAGCUUGGCAGUCGUGGCUGGCGAAAGAGGCGGAGAGAUACGACAGCUCGCACACGGGAGAAGAAGAUGAAGGAGACGUCUGUCCAGAAACAGAGAUCAUAGUGUUGUCAGCAUCAUUCUUGGGCGGAGAAGUAAUCUCCUGCGAUUCGAAAUGCCAACCUGAUUUCACUCAUACCAUGAAACUGACAAAAAGGGUUUGUUCUCUUCUCCAGGCAGCCAAGACCUACAAGGAGAAGUUGGGAUAUGGCUGUCAUGUGUCGAUUCCUUCGGAAGAAGACAAGUUCAAACAUCUAAAACUUAGUGCUGAUGAAGCAAUGAAGGAACUGGUUUUGGCGGUACAUGAGGGGCACAGGGGAGUUCCAAGUAUAGUUAAACGCGUGUGUCUGAAUGUGAGCAAGAGCUUCUAUUAUGCCGCACAUUGCAGCAAUAAGGAGAUGGACGAUCACGUGGAGAUGGUACUAUUCCAGCCUGUGGAGUAAUGCAUACAACCAAAAGGGUCUUCAUCAUUUCUAUGAAUAUUAUUGUAUAUUCGUCUGCUGAUAAAUUAUAACGCAAUGUAGCGUUCAUCUCUUAUUAGUCCGAACGCUUGGGAUCUUUUCCAAAGUAUAUUUGUCGUUGCUCUUGACGUAUAGAUGUUGGUAUAUUUCCCUGCCAGAUUGGUUCUUGGUCUGUUCAAUAUUUUUCUUCUGCCAUUGCCAUUGGUCUUUCUGUAGACCGCCCUCCACGUUCCCUAUUGAAAUUCUUCUCAGUGCACAAAUCAAUUAGAAAAUAUGCGACAAAAGACCUGGCGACUUCGCAAACUUGCAACCAUGGUAGUGGCAGAGAAAAUGACAAAAGAAAUUAUCGUGGUGAUAGCAGUGGAAACAGCACUCAUAUGGGAAUGGGCGUCUCGUAUGUUACAAACAAAACCCCAUUAUUAAUCGCUAGCAAAUCAAUUAUAUCACACAUUCUGCCAGUUGAUUUUGACACUUUUAUCUUGUUCGAAAGAUCAAAUGGGUUAUCGAUGCAAGCAAGAAAUUUAUAUCACUUAUUGUUUUAUUAUUA